AGAAGCUGCGCACAACCAAAUUCUAGAUUUUUUCAUGUCUCUGACUCGUCGAUUGGUGGCGCAGAAACGACACGUUUCCCUCGAUUUGAUUCCCCAUUUAUGCGCCAAUAUUUUUUUCUCUUUCUAAACUCGUCGUUUGUUUGGUGCUAUCUUCACCCCGGAGAGCUGAGCGUUGGUUAUGCCACGACUCCAGCUGGCUGCGCCAGUCAGAAAACCCCCGUACAGCUCCCUCGUCAGGUCUCCCCGGGAUCCGCGCAUCGCUCCUCAAUUUGCAUUUCUUCCUCAGAAUUUCUGAGCAGCGGGUUGAGCAGCUCCAAACCGAGCAGCGGGCGCUUGGCGGUUCUGUUGUGCGCGCGCCUCCAUCUCCAAAGCAGCACGCGCGGAGACCAAAACGUCUGGGGAUCCUCGUGAAUUAUGUUGCCGAAUCUUCUCAGGAAGGGAAACUGAAGAUAUUUAUUCGGAUUUCGGAUGCUGCGCACUGACGGAUCCAGACACGUGUCUUCUGGGUAAACAAAAAGGGCUAGGUCGUGUCUGCCGAUUGCUUUUUUGUUUUUUUGUUUUUUCCUCCUCUUUUUUUCCUCCUGCUUUUUGUUUGCCACCACCGACCAGUUCGGAGCUUGAGAUAUACAUUUCAUUUGGUGCGCCUUGGCGAUUAAGACGCAUUUGGAGAUGUCAGAAGUGCUGCCUUUCAACGAAGAAAAAAUGAGUCAUUAUGGAAAUGAGGGCGAGGAGGGACACCUUUCCUUCACUUGUCGUCUUCAAGACACCAACAACUUCUUCAACGGCUCACAGAACAAGCGUCCGCCGAAACUCGGACAAAUAGGGAGAAGCAAACGGGUUGUGAUCGAGGAUGAGAAUGGCGACAGCGAAGCGCUGAAAAAUGGAACAGAGAAGACCUCUACAGAAGCUUAGAGCGCGCUGGGCUCACCACCUCUCAGAGAGACACUGAUGAAAAUUUUCUAUUUACCAGUUUGAAUCCAAAGACAAUGUAUAUAAGCACUUUCUCUCAUGUGGCAGCAAGCAGCACUUCCACACCCUCCUCUCCCAGUCAGCCACGGCCAGCCGGAUGACAAGGGUGGGAGAUGGCAGCAGAGGAGGUGGACCCCCCUUCCCCCCCUCUCUAAACACACACACACACUCUUAAACACACCCUUGGUUACAGGGUUUGCCAUAAAUUCGAUCGCAGGAGGAAACAUCAGGGGAGGAGGUGAAAGAGGAGGCGAUGCUGUCGAAAUGCAGAAAUCAGGGACAGAAUUCAGAAUCUAGAAACUAAAGCACACAAUUCUCCUGUAUGUUCUCAAUCAAACUUGUAUCCAGAUCUUUCUGCUCUUCGUUUUGAUCAAGGGCACAUGAAUUUGUAAAUAUGGAAAGGGUAGCCCAUAUUUUCUUGCACAAAGUGGGAAUCAGUAAACUGGCUUGUUUUACGUGUUGAAGACUUUAUUUAGGAUCUUUUGCAGUGACUUUAAAGCCUGAGGGAGAUGUUUUUUUUUAUUUACUUAUUUAUUGUUCUUUUUUGUACAUUUGAGAAACGUUGAGCAAAUGAGAUUUCUUUUGGCUCUCGAUGAGUGUCUUCUGGUUUCUAAGCAGUAUACUUCCCACCUGUUUGUAAGCUUCCCAGGCUUCCACCUGGAUUGGUUGACACUGUAACUUUGACUGUAAACACCCUAUUGAUGAAAACUAUUUAUAUUUCAUUGUGCAUUAUUGUGUGUGCCAAAUCUCCAGGGGGAUUUUACCGUAACUCGUUCUUUUUCGUGCUUUCUACGUUUACUCAUGGUUUUGUUGGGUCGCCAAUUUUUUUAGGGCUCUUUGGUAAAACACAACUCAUGCAUGGCAAAUAUGAACUCAUGCAUGCAUGGCAGCAGUUCUGAAACUCUUGUGUAUUCUUGAAGCACCUCGUAUACAGCUUUGAAUGACAAACCUCGAGAACAGUCUUAAUUCUGCGUCGUACUGUACGAUUCACACUGAUUUGUACAGUGGCCUACUAUCUUGUAAUAACAAUUAUGAUAAAGUACUAUUUACUGUUAGUGUUGAUGGUGGUUUACAAUACAGAAUGAUGUAUUUGAUGUUGCUUUUGUUUUGUUUUUUUAAACUGUUUUCAAACUGUAGCAAAAAUAAAACAGGAAAAUCUAGUUUUGUAUGGGAAAGAUAAAGACAGUAGCAGACAGCUUGGCUAACUUUUGGACAUGUUCCUUGUACAGUUUCUCCUGUUGUUAUUGUAUUGCCUAUCUGGCUGCCAAGGAAGGUGAAGUCAGUAUUUUCCACUGUGAGGAAGUAGCAUCCUGCUCUUUGGAAAAAAAAGAAAAAAUUCAAACUAAGCGAAAGAGUGACGAGCAAAUAAUCCCAUGAAGAAUCUGAAACGCACACUUCAUCUUGAUGGGCUGAAACCGUUGCACAACAGACUAUGAUCUCAUUAAGUGCUACAGUUCUGCAAAUGAUUUUGUGUGUGGGGGGGGAAAAAUGUACAAUUCUGCUUCCCAAAUGCAAUAAAUGUCUGUUUGCAUUUCAAA